AUGCUGACCUCCCAGCCAGCUCCCUACGGCCAGGGUUUCCCAAUGGCUCCUCAGCAGCCCUCCCUCGCCUCCUACUCAAACCUCGCCCUCCAGAAGCCUGCCAACGGAGUCGCGUCCAGAGAGAACCUCUUCACCAGCCCGACGGAGUCUGAGUUCUCCGAGGGCGCAGACCAGCUUGAUCCCAUUCGAUCAUGGGAUGAGAAGAAAGUCGGGGAGUGGUUGCAUAGCAUACGGUGUGGGCAGUAUGAACCCAUCUUCAAAGCAAACCAUUUCACCGGGGAUAACCUCCUCGACUGCGACCAGAAGAUACUCCAGGAGAUGGGCAUCAAGAAGGUCGGAGACAGGGUCCGCAUCUACGUCGCCGUCAAGCAGCUUCGAAACAGGGCCAUCUCAUACCGCAAAAAGAGGAACAGGGACUCUCUGGCUGCCCUGGACUCGUCGAGAUAUACACCGCCGUCCUCAGAGUCCUCCCGACCUUCAAACAACACUCGAUACCACCCCUCUGGUCGCCAGUGGUCUCGCAACGAACCGUCUUCCCACAGCUACAACUCGACGAAGCCGUCGUCCAGGCCCACUUCUCCCCUGGCUGAACCAGACCGGCAGCUCCGGCAGUACAGAUACAACGGAGCUAGCCCCAUGGAGUCCAUCCGCCGUGAACAGGGGUCAAACUACUUUGGCGGCUACUCUCACUCCAACUCCAGCACCUCGAGGCACACCACCGCCACCAACGACCAGUCUCAGGCUCCCCGGGCGGUAGCCCACGUCCGGCAGAACCCCAGCAAUGACGGGCUGACCAUCAGCUCCCUCCCAAGCCACUCCCCAGUCAUCAGAGUCAUACACACGGGCGGACAGACCAAGGCUCUCAAUAUAAAACAGUGCAAGACCGCAGACGACAUCAUGGUCUCCGUACUGAAGAAGCUGCUCAUCCCAGAGAGCCACUACAAGAACUACUGCUUCUACGUCCUGGAUGGCCUCGACCCUAACCCGGCCAACUGCAGGCGUAUCUCUGACGUCGAACUGCUGCAGAUAUGCGAUGGUUCCAACCGGUCUGAACGCGGCCGUCUUAUCCUGCGGAAUAUACAUGCCGGAGAACCAGACCUGGACGAACUGGAACUUGCAGCCCGUCUGGCCACGGACGAAAGCCAGGUUGCCCACAUGAACGCCAUGAACACGACAAACUUGAGAAACCAGAUCAAACUGCAGAAGCUUACGGGAGAAUCCUGGGACCACCUGCGGCAGCCCAUGUCGCCCAUCACGACCACGGAUCGCUCGCGGGAGGACCACCGCCGUCAUAACAACGACCCCAUGGAACGUGACCAGAGCACGAAACUACGCUCCUUCUUUGGUGCACGUCCUCCAAGCGAGAUGAUCAUCCACGAGCUGACGUCCUAUUUCCCCAGUCACCAGAAGGAGGAUAUCGAGAAGACCAUGCGGCUGUCGGUUCGAAGAUCUCAGCGCAUGAGUCGAGCUGCCAGCCGGCUGUCUGUCAUGAGUGGUGUGAGUCUAGCCUCCAGCAUGAAAGAUGCUCCACCGAUCCCCAGCAUUGCGGACACAUGGCUAUCUGCCGGUAUUCCGUCCAAUCCCCCCUCGAGAGCUGGCGGUCGACCGCUGUCUGUAUCCAGAUUCAACCUCCCCCCAUCUUCUUUCCGAGAUUCCAUCGCUUCCUCGUCACUGGAACCCCUGCAAGAAGAGUCUCCCAUCCAAGACAAUCGAAAGUCCUACGUCUCGUUUGAUGACAAUACCGAUCAUCCAAGCAUCGAAGAACCGGAACGACAGACCUUCCUGGAUGAGACACUAAGCGUCACCGCGACUGAUGGCGGUGGAUCCAUGAACGAGCGUCUGAGCAUGAUCGUGGCGGAGGAUGGGGACGAGGUAGACGACGGGCUGGCAGAUUUCCUUGCUGGCAACAACUUCGGCAACAAGAACUGGAUGAAGGGCUCCCUGAUCGGCGAAGGUUCCUUUGGCAGCGUCUUCCUUGCCCUCCACUCAGUCACCGGUGAACUCAUGGCCGUCAAGCAAGUCGAGCUCCCGUCCGCUACAAAGGGCACGGAAUUCGACCAAAAGAAGAACCUCAUGGUCUCUGCCCUCAAGCACGAGAUCGGUCUCCUGCAGGGCCUCCGGCACCAGAAUAUCGUGCAGUACUUGGGCACCUCAACAGACGACCAGUACUUAAACAUUUUCCUUGAAUACGUCCCCGGAGGCUCCAUAGCCACGAUGCUUAAACAGUACAACACCUUCCAAGAGCCGCUGAUCCGUAACUUUGUCCGGCAGAUUCUAGCAGGUCUCGAAUACCUUCAUUCGCGUGACAUCAUUCACCGUGACAUCAAGGGUGCCAACGUCCUAGUCGAUAACAAGGGAGGCAUCAAAAUCUCGGACUUUGGUAUCUCCAAACGCGUCGAGGCUUCCACCAUGCUCGGCUCCGGCGCAAAGGGCCCCUCAAACCACCUCCACCGACCCUCCUUGCAAGGAAGCGUAUAUUGGAUGGCCCCUGAAGUCGUGCGUCAAACAGCCCAUACCAAAAAGGCCGAUAUCUGGAGUCUAGGCUGCCUUGUCGUCGAGAUGUUUAUCGGCGUCCACCCGUUCCCUGACUGCAGCCAGUUACAAGCCAUUUUCGCCAUUGGAAAUAACCAGGCCCGUCCGCCCCCGCCAGAGAACGCAAGCAAAGAAGCCAUGGCCUUCCUGGAUAUGACCUUUGAAAUCGAUCAUGAAAAACGACCGAGCGCAGAUGAGUUGUUGAACAACCCGUUCCUGGAAACGAUUGCUUGA